AUUUGACGUUAGUGAAUGUCUAUUUUCUUCACCAGUGGCUGGAAACUUAGUUUCCGGUCACUCGUGAACACAGCACCAUGAAAUAAGAUUUCUCAUGGUGGCUUUUGGUUUCCUCUGCAUGCUGAAGAGGGAACUUUAUAUCGCUGAAAACCGGUCCUUGUAAAAGAAAACCCCUUUUUUCAGGAGUUUGAUGCAGACCUCGGUUUACAAGUUUGAGCAUUAGUGUAGUUUAAUUGGCUGCGUUGGUGUGGGUGAGACUUCUAACUACCAACUGCAAUAUCAAAAGUAGAAUAAUCAUGGAUUUUGCCCAGUUUCGGUGUUCAGUCCAUCAACCCAAAUGCCGAUGGGAGGUUUUGCCUUGGGAUUGGUCGGAUUGGGUUUUCGAAGGCAACCAAUCAUUUGAGGACCACAAAUCUGGCCCGGAAAUCGUCGAAUUGAUGUCAUUCGGCAAACACAUUGCUUCAAAUUAUCGCCGUUACUGACACAUUGGUCAUUACCCGGUGGUUCAUCAAAGUCUGAUCACGUCUGAACUUUAUUGUUCCUUUUUUGCAAUACUUGCCCCAACGUCCCCUGUGCGUCUAUCCACAAUGUCUUUAAAAAAUCAAGAACUCUUAGCUCAAUUCAACUCUAUAGUGAACGAGAUGAAGCAAUCUUUCCAAGACUCGAGCAAAGAGCAAACUGAGGCUAUCAUCCGCUGUCAGGCCGAUAUGCUGUCAAAGCUUGGGGAUACUCUGGCAGCCAAGCUCACCCCUCCGCAACCUCCGUUGAUGUCUCCUUCCCUCACCUUGCCCGUCACUCAACCCAUGUCUAAUGGUGGAAUGGAACCCGGUCAAGUGGGAUCCCCGAUAUUCCCCGUUCCCUGUGGCACAAGUCUCCCUCCAUCCUCUGAUCUUUUGGCUCAUUCCCAUCCUUUGGGACACUUUGUUGGAGACGCCAGCUCUGGGCUAACAGCCCAUGCCCCAGAAGAAACACGGACCUUGCUGGGAAUCCCUCCUUCCAGUGACUCGGCCAGUUUAUCUGAGCUUUUGGUCUUGAGGUCCCGCGCAGCUUUGGCCUAUUCAGACAUUCGCCGAGCACUGCAAUUUGACCAACAACAACUACAUGUUGUCCAAACCAAAGACUUCGAUUAUAUUAAGGCCUUUAAAGGGAAUCCUCAACUCCACGAGGCAACUGUGAAGCGUAUUGACGUUGUUGACCGGCAUUUAGCGAGACUUCAAGCCUCUGCUAAUCGGGAAAGGAAGAAAUUUGACGAGCCUUCCCUGAACAAACCAUCUGGCUUUCAAUUUCAACCGGUCACAUUUCGUGGGUCCCGUCGGAUUUGGGGUUCCUCCCGCUUUGAACCUUACAAGUCCUUCAUGGACCGAACAACUAAUCUGCAUCAUGUAGCAAAAAUAUGUUUUUCUUGUGGCUCUAAUUUUCAUCCGGGUUUUCCUUGCCCCCCAAACAAGUCUGUUAAUUAACGUGUUUUGUUGGUUUAUAAACAUUUUAUUCCUCUAGAUCUUUUGUUCGAUGUUCCACUUUUAACAAGUCUUUCUUCAAAUUCUUCCCUUGUUACUUCCUUCAGGAUUUGGUCGUCUGCAUCCAACCAUUGGGUGUGCCGAACUUGGUAUAGCGAACAAACCUGUGUCAACCAACCCCGCUGUAACAGGUGCUAUUGGGAACCCGGACUCUCACUACUUCUGGCAAUUCAUUCUACAUGCUCCCACAGACAUCCUUAACGUAAUAACUAAAGGAUGCAAACUUCCCUUCAAAAAUGGCAAGAUUCCGCUUCCGUCUUCGCUCCCUAACAACAAAAGUGCCCUCCUUGACAAAACAUUCAUAGAUGAACAAUUGUUUCUUUACGAAUCAAUUGGUUGCAUAUCCGCCACAUCAGUUAAACCUCACAUAAUUCUUCCCCUUUCGGUCGUCAUGAGUAACAAAAAAACGUUUGGUUGUUGACGCCUCGCGAAACCUCAAUCCCCUUCUAGUCGAUAAGAAGGUUAAAUUGACUCAUUUAGAGGUGGCGAAUGAACAUUUGCCUGAAAAUUGCUUCAUGACAACUUCAGAUUUAGAGUCCGGAUAUCACCAAGUUCCAAUUCAUCCUGACCAUCGACGCUUCUUAGGAGUCCAAUGGACCCGAAAGGGAAAGACUGCAUUUUUCGUGUGGAACGUACUAUUUCUUGGAAUUGAGACUGCCGUUCAUCUUUUCACCAAACUUCUUCGGCCACAUGUUUCCUUUUGUCAGCAAUUGGGCAUACCCAUUUCCAUUUACAUCUAUGAUCAAAGAGUUUUAGGCCGAGAUGAACACUCUUGUCUCCGGAAUUCGAAUUUUGCCGCCAUUUGCCUUAGAUUAGCUGGUUGGAUUAUAAAGCCUGGGAAAGGAAUGAGUGUUCCCACUCAAUAUGGAACAUUCCUUGGGCUUGACCACGAUCUCAAGACAAUGCAGUAUUUCAUUCCAAUUGGCAAAUUAACCCAUAUCCUUUCAAUGGCUGAUAAUCUUCUCAAACAACGCCGUAUUCGGAUUAAAGAUUUAGCAAGUUUUUACGGCAAGAUAUCGUCAUGCCGUCUCGCUCUAGGCCCCAUCUCCUCAUUACUCACACGUUCUGGUCAUGCUCUAAUUGCUGAUUCAUCUACAGCCUGUGGCUGGGAAGGCUGGGUUUCAACUACUCCUCUAGUCUUCGAGGAAAUUUAUCAGCUUAGACUUUCUUUGCCUUCUCUGAAUGGAUGGCCAAUUCUUCACCUUCCUUCCAUCUUGCCUCAUCGCAUUUUUGCCUGCGACGCGUCCGCAAUUGGCAUAGGGGCAGCCGAGAUAUUUUGCCACUUCAAACCUCACCCACAUCCUGGGGCAUGCUCCUCGUCUGUCACUCUAUCCAAGCAAUUACGUCAUUCGGAACGUGAAACUAGUUCUCUUUCCGAGAACUGCUCGCUGCCAAAGAACUUGUCACUUCUUCAGCAGCAUCCUGGGCCAAUCUUAAUAUUCUUCUCCUUUGCGAUAAUAUGAAUGUAUCAACGAUCCUGCGUACAGGCUCGCGGAAUCCACGUCUGCAAGUUCUCGCCAUGUCCAUUCACCUCACCUGCCGUUCAUACUUCAUAAACUUAGACUCCAUGUGGCUUCCACGCGAUGAUCCUCGAAUCGCCAUAGCAGAUCAUCUCUCGCGAUUCUUUGACCUUCAAGAUUGGGGUCUUUCGAAAACCUCUUACUUGACUCUGUUAGAAAUUCUCCCUUUUUUCCUGAUGUUGAUCUUUUUGCAAACGAUUACAACGCCAAGUGCGAUCAGUUCUUCUCGCAGUGCCCCUCAUUUCUUUCUUCCGGGACAAACGCGUUUUCUGUUGAUUGGUCACUCUUUAAUUUUGCUCUCUGUUGUCCUCCUACCAACCUCAUAACCAAGGCCAUCCGCCACAUUCUAGACACUAAAUCUGUUGGGGUCCUAGUGGCCCCUCUUUGGCCAGCCUCAUCUUUUUGGCUAUCCCUUUGCCCUGACGGUUCUCAUUUUUCAUCUCUUUUUACUAAUGUUUUUAAAGGCUAUCCAUGCCUUCGUUCUGGCCCUCAUGUCAAUAGUACGUUACUUUCGGGUGUCACAGCUUUUCCCUUCGCUUACCUACUGUACAAUGGUCGUUUCUUUGACUCUCCAUACCCUGUUCUUGAAAAGUCACAUUGUUUUUAUGACGGUUGUAAUAAAUGUUCUUUCAAUGGUUAA